UUCAUUAUACUGGAGUUCGUUGAAGGAGGAGACCUUUUCACCGAAUUGGAUGAGAAUGGAUGGCUCAGCGAAAAUCGAACUAGGUAAUCAUACUUCCAUACCAAAGUUUUCGAGCUGCUGUUGAGAAAACAGUCUAUAACGAGACAAUGAAAGAAAACAGGACAGAAUUUAACACAUGUGGUCAAGUUUUCCUUCCAUGGACUACCCCUGUGGACCACGCCUAAUUUUCGUAGAUGAAUUUAACCAGAGGUCUAAACACAUUUUUGGAACCUAAAAUGGACGAAAAUGUGGUCAGUUUUUAUUUUCGGUGGUAGGGGCUCCGCAUAUUUUACACUCGCUUACUUUUUUUUCAAUUCCAUACCAAUUGGAUGGGUUCGUUUUAGUCUGGUGAAGGAGUCAACAUAUUUUAGAGGGGCAGAAGUAUGGAGGAAGUAGUAUCCUAUGCAGUUUGUUUCGUGUUCCUGUUGUGUGAAAAUCGAACCAAAAACAGCUGUGCAUGAGACUAAGGACGAAAUAUUGUUUCUCCUCCCAGGCUUAACCAAACCCAUGAUUGGAAUUCAGGAAAAAUUGGAGCAAGUGUAUAAUAUGAGGAACCUUUAAUCCUGAUAAUAAAGACACAGUUUCAUCCAUUUAAGGUUCCAAAAUUUCGUUUAGACCUUUAGCUGCUAAAGAUUCAGCUUCAAAAAUUAAGGGUGGUCCGCGGGAGUAGUCCAUGGACCGGGUCCACGAAGAGGUCCACGGACUGGGUCCGCGGAGAUGGUCCAUGGACCGGGGGUCAUGUUUUGUAUGCGUCCAUAUACGCUUAGUCAUUCAACAAAGCGUCAGUUACAGUUUCGUUAGGAAUCGAACUAUGAACUAUAAGCUAUCAAUUGAGGUCAUUUAAUCUUGCUAAUGAGAUGUAGUAUUUUACUUAAAACAUCAUAUUGCUUGUCUUUUUUUUUAGGUUUUACACUGCUGAGAUCAUCGCUGGAUUGCAAUUUCUACACCAAAAAGGUGUCAUUCACAGGUGAGCAGAAAUAUGAGAAAUAGCUGAAAUUCACACUUGGUGGGUGAUUUCGAUCACUUGCGUAUUAAUAUGGCAACGAUGAAAAAAAACCAAUGAAUUGAUACCGUCGGACCUUUAUUUUGCGGCCUCCUAAACGGCCAACAGUUACGUACAUCGGGCAUCGUGGGGGGGGGGGGGGGGGGGGGGAGGGACAAAAAUUGUCAGCCGUAAAUCACAUGACUGUAAAAAGUAGGUGAUCGUUUGCUAGAUCAUUGUCUAUCACGACGGGACUCAGCGCUCUCUAAGGUCCUUGUAUGGGUGAAGAAAGUUAAAUUUAUAAUUAUGCGGCUAUUUAUCCCUUUUCCUCGAAGAUUACAGUUGCAUCUCUUUUGGCUCAGUUUGCUUAAAAAUCAAUGCCUUUAAUAUUUGCGUAAAUUUUUAUUUAUCCUAUGACAGGGACUUGAAACCUGAAAACAUUUUGCUGACCAAAAAUGGGCACAUCAAAAUCAGUGAUUUCGGAUUGUCCGCUAUCAUCGAUCCAGUUACACAGGAAAAGAUUAUCAACGCAGAAAUUAUCGGGACACCUCUUUACAUGGUUCCUGAGGUAAACCAUGGUACUGUAGCGUUAGUUAAGGGGGAAGUAUGGUUAAAAGCAUUAUUUUUCGUUGAUUUCCACCACUUCUCCUAAAUAUCAUUCAAUCAAAAAAUGACUCAAUUAUGUUGCAGUCCUUAAUUCACAAUUAUUUUUGAAUUUUUGGAUGAUUUUUCGAAUAUUUUUACCCUAUAAAAUUUAGGGGGGAAGAUGUUUAAAAUUUUGGGAAAAUGGGAAAAUAUUGGAUUUGGGAGUUGUUAAAAAUUGAAAUAUGAAGUUAAUAAUUAGUAGACAAUUACCAGAUAGUCCACCACCACAACAAGGUGCCUCUGAUCCCAUUAGCGGAAUAACUGGUACACCUAUUCUAACCUAAUCAACAUCAUCUCCCAAAAAACAAACCGUAAUUCCCCCUUAAGCCCUGUGAACCAAGUGUCUAAAUCAGUUUCUCGUGUAGCUUCUUGGUCAAUAACUCAGUAUUUUAUCCCACAUCUAUGACCCAUUUCAGAACCACCAUUCAAAAUAUCCCUGGGCCUGAUAUCCUGCUUUUUACUUACUGAAUCAGUGCUGAUAAUUAACGCUAAAACAAAUCUUUAUACAGGCUAUUAAAUACGAUGUUUUCUUGUACGAGAUCAGAUAUGUUACAGGUUAAAUUUGGUUUCAGGUUAAUUUUGAUUUGAGCUAGCUUGGUUAAAUCUCAAUUUUCUUUGUAUCCUCGCUCUAAUUCAUGAAUAAUUAGGGACAUGAAACAAAGUAAAUAGAGAACCAACCUACGUUAAAUAAUUUUAACCUGAAUAUAAUUUUGACCUGUAACAUAUAUACUAAUGUUAGAUACACUGGAAGAAGGAAGAGCUGUUCAGUUUCCACAAAGCUAACAAUACACGACAUGAUCUACUCAUUAAAAAAAUCACAAACCUCGUAGUAAGAUCUUUUGCUUAGGAGAAGCUCGACUUGUUUUCAUGGAAUAACAUCUUAUCGUGCUGAUGUUAGCUUAGUGCAAGGUGUUAUUUGUUGCAGAUUAUUUUACAGGACCCAUACGACGCAUGUUUGGACUGGUGGGCUCUUGGAGUCAUGGUGUUUACGAUGCUCACUGGAAUGGUUUGUAUUUCAAAUGUUAUUUCAGUUAUCUUGUUCUUAACACGAAAUAGGUGAAACUGAACUUAGACUAUGAUGAUGGUAACCUACUUAGUUAACAAUGUUAUCCUUUGUGUGUACAUUUCAGAUGCCGUUUGAUGCUGAAUCGGAGGAUGAGUUAUUUGAUUUGAUCGUAUAUGACUACCCACAGAAACCGGACAAAAAAACAUUGUCUGAGCUGUCCAUUGACGCCACUGAAUUGUUCCUACACGUAAGUGUCAAAUACAUAAAUCAUACAUGAAAGGUUAUAUUCCCUUAUUUUUUUACAUGUUCCAAAAUUAUUUAUUGUCAGUCGAUAUCAAUAGAGGCCACACUUGGUGAAAAAGUCCAAAGAUUGACUCCCUUCUCCCCGGGGUAACUGCUCCCCAUAACGGAUUAUACAGGAAGGCUGCUCCACCAGAAAGGGUUUCCUUUUUUAGGAUUCAGGUAUAUUGAAGGGUAGAGAAAUCUUUUUUAUGUUGGAAUGAGUGAAGAACAAAUAUGACUAGACUAAAACUAGGUCAACGUUAACUUCCGUUACGGAGUAUCAUAAAAGCCUAACAUUUCAAUAAACAAAGGUCUCUGAGUUGAGAUUAAAUACCGGUAUUACAAGACAUAUCACAUUUUUUGGAUGUUUUCAGUUACUAGCGAAAUAUCCACAAGACCGUCUCGGGUAUAAAGGAGGCGAUUACCCCUGGAUCAGAGAUCAUGCUUUCUUUCACGGCUUUGACUGGAAGAGACUGGAGGCAUUGGAACUCGACCGCCCACCUUGA